AUGGCCUCGCUCAUCUCGGGCGCUGUUUUUGGCGCCGCCACUGUGGUUGCUGGUGUCUACUCCCCAUCCGUCAUCAUCAACCAGUUCAAGUUUGAAGAAUGGCACAUGCUGCAGACCUUUCUCGGCGCAGCGGCGACCAGCGCCGCUGUCUACAAAAUUCUGGAAGGCACUGGCUACGUAAACCUCAAGCCUCGCAGCUCCUCACCCAUCGGCCUCUUCGGCCAGUAUGAUGGCAACGUCCUCGGCGGCUUUCUUCUCGGUGCCGGCAUGGCUCUCUCGGGGUCAUGUCCUGGAACUGUACUCGCCCAGGUCGGAGCUGGACUUCAGACUGGUUUCUACGCCCUGGGCGGAGCGGUGCUAGGCGGUAUUGUAUGGACAGGAUUCCUCUCAAAGGCCGUCAAGGCGCAAAAGGAGAGAACAGGAGUGAAGCCCGAGACUGUCACCCUCAACGAAAAGCUCGGCGUCUCCAAGGCCGCGACUGUCAUUCUAUUUGAGACUCUCUGCCUGUCUGCCAUCGCUGCUUCGGUCAUCUACACCACUGGCUCGGAUUGGACCCUUUUCUCCGCCGGUAGCGGUCUCUUCAUCGGUUUCGCCCAGCUCUUCUCUAUCCUCGUCCGCCGUUCCAUGCUCGGUGUCUCUGGCUCCUACGAAGAAGUUGGAAACCACUUCUGGUGGCUCCUCAAGGGUGCUGACUCUGCUUCGUACCCCAGCAGCCGCCAGAACAUGCUGUUCGCGACCGGCGUGGCGGCAGGUGCCUGGGCAAUCUCAAAGAACUUCCCCGAACUUCUCGCAGCGUCCAUCGUCGAGACUGAGCCACGAUUGGCUGCUACCGGCGGCUUUGUGAUGGUUGUUGGCUCAAGACUGGCUGGAGGCUGCACCUCUGGACAUGGAAUCAGUGGUCUGUCACUCCUGUCGACGUCGAGCCUUGUUACCAUUGGUACUACUUUUGCUGCUGCAGGCUUGAUUGCGCCUCUGGUUCACUAG